CUAACCAGAGAGAAGAUCCAUUCAUUCAUUCAUUCAUUCAUUGGAACUGUGUUCAAUCCAAUUCAGAAGAAACUGAUCGAUCAUUGAGAUGGCGGAUGUUAACUCGGCCGGACGCGUUCCUGAUUUUCCGACGGAGGUUACUCACGGUGGAAAGUUCAUCAACUACAACAUCUUCGGCAAUAACUUCGAGGUAACCGCCAAGUACAGGCCACCGAUCAUGCCGAUUGGUCGUGGAGCCUACGGUAUAGUCUGCUCGGUGUUGAAUACGGAGCUAAAUGAGAUGGUUGCUGUGAAGAAGAUUGCAAAUGCUUUCGAUAACUAUAUGGAUGCGAAGCGAACUCUUCGGGAGAUCAAACUCCUCAGCCAUCUGGAUCAUGAGAACGUAACCGCCAUAAAAGAUGUUAUUCCUCCACCACUGAGGAGAGAGUUUACUGAUGUGUAUAUUGCUACUGAACUAAUGGACACAGAUCUUCAUCAAAUUAUUAGAUCUAACCAAGGCUUAUCGGAGGAGCACUGCCAGUAUUUCUUGUACCAAAUUCUUAGAGGACUGAAAUACAUACAUUCGGCAAAUAUCAUCCACAGAGAUCUGAAACCUAGUAACCUGUUGGUGAAUUCGAAUUGUGAUUUGAAGAUAUGUGAUUUUGGUCUGGCCCGUCCAACAUCAGAGAAUGAAUUUAUGACUGAGUAUGUAGUUACAAGAUGGUACAGGGCUCCCGAGUUGUUGUUGAAUUCUUCAGAUUACACUGCAGCAAUAGAUGUGUGGUCAGUUGGUUGUAUCUACCUUGAACUUAUGAACAGAAAGCCUCUAUUUCCAGGGAAAGAUCACGUUCAUCAGCUCCGUUUAUUAACAGAGGUUCUUGGCACACCUAGCGAGUCUGAUCUUAGGUCUGUGAGGAAUGAAGAUGCAAAAAGAUAUAUCCGGCAGCUUCCUAACUAUCCUCGUCAACAAUUAAAGACGAUUUUCCCACAUGUCCAUCCAUUAGCUCUUGAUCUAGUGGACAGAAUGCUCACAUUUGAUCCCACUACAAGAAUCACAGUUGAAGAAGCUUUGGCUCAUCCAUACCUGGAAAGAUUACACGACAUAGCGGAUGAACCGGUGUGCCUAAAGCCUUUCUCAUUCGACUUCGAGCAUCAACCCUUGUCAGAAGAGGAUAUAAAGGAUAUGAUUUACCAGGAAGCUUUGGCCCGCAACCCAGAGUAUGCAUGAUCAAGAUCAAUGAACAAUUAUAUAUAUAUAUAUAUAUAUUAUGAGGACAACCACUUUUGUUUUGUUUUGUUUUGUUUUUUUACCAUUAAUGCUCAAUAAGUUGUCCAAUAAUCAUCAUUAGACUUGUAUUUCUUUUUCUGUCUCUAUGGUUGUUCUUUUUUGUGUACAGCAGCAGAAUCAUCAUCUUGUAAACCAUUUUUAGCUUUGUUUUAUUUAUUUUUUCGGUUUUGUCUGGAACACCAAUUUAUUACUUGAGAGAAUGUUAUAAUAGAUCCUUUGUGCUUUAAU